ACGCCUAGGAAGUGAACAACUAAUAUGGUGGGUAAUAGUAGUGAUGACAUUUCUAUUAAUGCUGCUCUUGAUGGAUUGGAAUUCGGUUCAAAGGAGGAGGCAUUUUCGUUCUACAAGCAAUAUGCAAAAUCUAUGGGCUUUUCUACUAUAAUUAAAGCUAGUCGUCGAUCACGAGUAUCCGGGAAGUUCAUCGAUGCUAAAUUUGUAUGCACAAGAUACGGUAAUGACCAACCGGCAUUCGCAGCAACCGUUCCGGUCAAGAAGAAACGAGGCAGACUUAACCGGUCGUGGUCUAAGACGGACUGCAAAGCUGGAAUGCAUGUUAAGAGAAGGCAAGAUGGGAGGUGGGUUGUUUGUAGUUUUGUGAAGGAGCAUAACCAUGAUACGUUCCCAGACCAGGGGUAUUAUUCUAGAGAUGAUACACAUUUAGCUCUAGGUAACAAUAAUUUCCAUGCUAUCCCUGAAAGAAGUAAAAGAUCGCAUGUUUCCACAUCCACGCAAGCCGGUGGGCACAAGAAACUUGAUCGUCAUAAAGGUGGUGAUCCGGUCAGAUAUUGGGUUUAGAGAAAGGGGACCUGCAAGUUUUACUUG